AUGGAGAGAAUUCAUGUAUCGGUCCGGUCAAGACCUCUUUCACUAGAGGAUGCAAAGGCUAGCCCAUGGCGCAUUUCUGGAAAUUCGAUUUUCAUGCCAAAUCACUCCUCAAAAUUUGACUUCGAUAGGAUAUUUCAGGAGGACUGCAAAACUUCAGAAGUCUACAGCUCUCGGACUAAGGACAUUGUGGCUGCUGCAAUUCGUGGAUUCAAUGGAACGGUUUUUGCAUAUGGACAAACAAGUAGUGGGAAAACGCAUACGAUGCGAGGAUCAGCUUCUGAACCAGGAGUCAUCCCUCUUGCUGUCCACGAUUUGUUUGAUAUGAUAGAUGAGGAAUGCGAUCGAGAAUUUCUCUUACGCAUGUCUUAUUUAGAGAUCUACAAUGAGGAAAUAAAUGAUCUGUUAGCUCCAGAGCACCGAAGACUACAAAUUCAUGAAAGUAUCGAGAGGGGAAUUUUUGUGGCUGGUUUAAGAGAAGAAAUUGUGGCCUCUCCUGAGCAAGUGUUGGGACUCAUGGAGUUCGGAGAAACACAUCGCCAUAUUGGGGAGACAAAUAUGAAUGUGUACAGCAGUAGAUCACAUACGAUAUUCCGCAUGAUAAUUGAGAGCAGGGAGAAGCAAGAUGCUGAUUCAGACAGUUCAUGUGAUGCUGUCCGUGUAUCCGUUCUGAAUUUGGUGGAUUUGGCUGGUUCCGAGCGUGCUGCCAAGACUGGAGCAGAGGGAGUUCGACUGAAAGAAGGCUCUCACAUCAACAAGAGCCUGAUGACAUUAGGAACUGUCAUUAAAAAACUCAGUGAAGGGGUUGAGAGCCAAGGAGGUCAUGUUCCCUAUAGGGACAGCAAACUCACUCGUAUUCUGCAACCAGCAUUAGGAGGAAAUGCAAAUACUGCCAUCAUAUGCAAUAUAACAUUGGCACAGGCACAUGCUGAUGAGACUAAGAGUAGUCUUCAAUUCGCCAGUAGAGCAUUGCGUGUAACAAAUUGUGUUCACGUGAAUGAGAUCUUGACUGAUGCUGCUCUGCUAAAGCGUCAAAAGAAGGAAAUUGAAGAGCUCCGAGCCAAACUGCUGGAUUCACAUUCAGAGCAUCUUGAAGAAGAGAUUCUUACUCUGCGGAAUGAUUUGCUAAAGGUUGAACUCGAGAGGGAAAGAAUGGCUUUGGCACUGGAGGAGGAAAAAAAAGCUCAGGCUGAAAAUGAAAAAAGGUUGGAGGAGCAAGCCAAAAAAAUUCGGAACCUAAGUUCUAUGGUUCUUUGCUCAAGUAAAAGUGAAAUUAGUGAUGUCUACAAGAAGGAGAAGCGGCGUGAAACCUGGUGCCCGAGCAAGCUCUCGAGGAAAACUAUAUCUGAGUUUAAGUCUGAAGUUGGAGAAGAGGCUUCUUUGGGGAAACCAGGAAGAAUAGCACGUCAGUCAGGUCCCCUACUGUCUUUUGAAGAUUUGGAUGAAGCUAGUCUGGUUGAGUCUAGCAAGGAAAAAGAAUUUGACAAGAGUAAUGUGCAGGGUGACUGCACAUUUCCUAAUCCACUUUCUUUGUUGCAUGUUACUAGCAGGAGGAAAUUACCAACCGGAAAGAAGAGCUUACAGGUGUGUAAUAGUGAACUAGCGGAAAUUCAAGCAGAAUAUGAAGAUUUGAUCGUACAAUUUGAAACCGAGAGAACUAUGAAUCAAAUACAUGUGGACUAUUUAAGGAGAAGGCUUGCUGAGGGUGAUUUCUCUCGGAAGAAAUGUGAGGAUAACCUAACUGAUGAAAUCAGCUGCAUAGAGCGUUCGGGAAAAUCGGAAGCUAUUCUUGUAAUCAAACAACUUCAAGAAAAGAUUGCUAUGUUAGAGAUGGAGAAAUCUUCGAGCCAGCAAAAUUUGGAUUCUCUUGUUGAAUUAGCCACUGAGCAGACCAUAUCCGCCAAGGAGAAGUACGAUGAGCUUUAUGCAACACUCCUGAGUGCGCAAGAAGAGGUGAAGACAGCCAAUGAGCAACUCAAUUUAAUGCCACCAUCUGGAGACGAGAAUCUUGACUUAUCUAUCAAGCUAUCGGCGGAGAUCCAAGAAUUGGUGUUGGAAAUUGAGAGCUCCAGAGGUCAUAUGAAGACUUCCACUUUCGAUGUCAAUGACCUUUUCAAAUACUUAAAUUCCUUGGCAGGCAUCUUGGCUGAUCUCAAGAGGUUAUUCCUCCAGACUUCCUUGGAUGUAAAAACGAUAAUUACAAGCCAUCAGAAGUUAAAUUCUUACUUGGAUCACAAGGUUAAAGAACUUGAGAGUGAGAAGGUUACUCUGUCCAAAAAAGCUUUGGAUCUCCACAAUCAGAUUGCAGAAGUAACUGUUAAUGCCGAAAAUUCUGCGAGUGCUUUAUCAGAAGCCACUGAAAACUAUGAACUGGAAAAAUCUGAUUUCCUUUCUCAAAUCCAAGCUCUUCAGAAUGAAUUAUUAUGCUUAUCAUCAAGUUCCCUGGCUAGGGAAAAAGAAAGUAUUCGAAAAGAAUUGGAGAAAACAAAAUCCAAGUUGAGAGACACCGAAGCCAAGAUGAAAAAUGCCAUGCAAGAAAGGACGAAACUUGAGGGUGAAAAAGCAUGCAUAGAAAGGGAAAACAAACGCUUGCAUAAUCAGAAGGCAAUUCUUGAGCGUGAUAUCAGCAAGCGCGAUUCAGUUGUUGGGAGAAAGCGUGAUUCAAUUGUCGACAGAAGCUCAAAUGUGUUUGAUCCAAAACGAGGAAGAGGCCUUGCAAUAGCUGUUGAGCAGGAAGAACAUAGGAAGCUGGAAGUACUUGCAUUUGAGAUGGAAGCAACCAUUGCUGUAUUGGAGGAGGAAUUAGCAGUUACACAAGGAGAAAAGGGAGAAGCAAUUCUGAGAGCUGAAAGUUUGGCUUCUGAUAUAAAUGCAUUAGCAGAAGAGUUGAAGAUGUCAAACAAUGAAUUAGCUACUUUAAAAGAAGAAAUUGCGAGCCUUCAAUCAAAUCUCAAGAAAUAUGAGUCUCACAAUGAGAUCUUGGAAGGCUCUCUUAAUUCGUUGAAACAAGAAAAGGAAGAGAUGGCAAUGCAACUUACUGAUGCCCUGUUGCUUAUGGAGGAGGAAAAAGCAAUCUGGUAUUCAAAGGAGAAGGCUUCAAUUAAAGCCAUUGAAGACAAGUCAAAGUUACAUAAUGCAGAGGCUGCCUCUCUAGUGCAGCAAAUAUCAGUGGUAAAAGAGGAGCUGGAGGUUUGUAGAAACCAAUGCAAGGUCCUCCAGGAUAGAUUAGCCCUUGCUGAAGAAAAUGCAGGACUGGAGAAGAUAAGCAGUGCGGAGAAAUCAGCUGAGAUUGAUAAGCUCAAAGAAGACCUACUGAAUUCUAAUAUUCAAAAUGAAAGGACUCAGGAGAAUCUAAAUUCUCAACUACCAAUGCUCAUACCAAAGAAUGAGACUGCUGGCGACGAACUGGAAACAGUUCAAAAGGAAUUACUUCUGCUUAAGAAAGAAAGAGGAGACUUGAUUGCUCAGUUGGGAAUGCUGGAUACUGGGUCACAGACAUCGGAGGACCUUAAGUGCUUGACCACAAAACAAGAGUUGGAUGAUUUACGUGGGAGUCUCUCCUCUUUAGAGGCCAAGAUGCGGAUGGAUGAAAUCAUUAGCAACAAGGAUAAGGCCAAGAUCAGAAUGCGACUUCAUUUCACGCAGCGUAAGCUGGAUGCAUUUCGCACACGGCAGAAGGAGACUUUAGAUGAGAUGAAUGUCAUGAAUACGAAUUAUAAAUCAGCUUCGGAUGACUUGAAGAAGAAGUUGGCUUUCUAUGCGGGUGAAGUCCUGAGACUGAAAGGAGAGCUUGCUGUAGUAGGCAAAACUUAG